GAUAAAGGAUAGGCAUAGGACAAGGCGCGCCAAAAACCUCAUCUAACAACUACCAGGAACUCAACUCUCUGCCAAUGGCGCACCCUUUAUCCUGUUCCACUAUCAUCUCUCACAGGGCAGGGUCCAGUAGUUGUUAUCUCCCUCGUUCUCUCAAAAACAAUGCCUUUUUCCGUACCCACCUCGUGCUUCCACUCAGCCCACUUCGUAGUACAACUCCAGCAAGACAAAUUUAUGCUAGACUCACUGCCCCAAGGAACAAUGCUUCACUGGAAUUGACAAAGAGGCCAACUACUCCGUCCAUUUUGUUAACACAUUUGGAGAGUAAAAUGAAGCAAUUUCAGAGUUUAAUGGCUGUGAUGCUUAUCUUUAUUGAAAUUGCAUCUCCGAUACCUUUUUAUGGUUGGCAAGUUUGGCCCAUUUCUCCUGCUGAGGCAGUGCUUUAUUCCCCUGAAACAAACAUCCCAAGAACAGGAGAAUUAGCUCUCAGAAGAGCUAUCCCCGCCAACCCAAAUAUGAAAACUAUACAGGAUUCUCUUGAGGACAUCUCGUACUUGCUGAGGAUUCCACAGCGGAAACCAUUUGGAACAAUGGAGGGUAAUGUGAAGAAAGCGCUUAAGAUCGCAACAGAUGAAAAGGCAUCCAUCUUGGCUAGCAUACCAGCUGAACUGAGGGAUGAGGGUUCAGUCUUGUACGCUAAACUUAUAGAGGGAAAGGGUGGAUUACAAAACCUUCUACAGUACAUAAAGGAUAAGGAUCCAGAUAAAGUAUCAGUUGGUCUUGCAUCUACACUAGAUACUGUUGCGCAGCUGGAGUUGUUGCAGGCCCCAGGGUUAUCAUUUUUGUUGCCUCAGCAGUACUUGAAAUACCCAAGGCUCACAGGGAGAGGAAUAGUUGAAUUUACAGUUGAGAAAGUAGAUGGUUCAACAUUUUCUCCUGAAGCUGCUGGUGUAGCCAAAAGCACUGCAAAGAUUCAGGUUGUUUUAGAUGGGUAUUCGGCACCACUGACAGCAGGGAACUUUGCAAAACUGGUGAUUGAUGGGGCAUAUGAUGGGAUGAAGCUAACUAGUGCCAACCAAGCAAUUCUUUCAGACAGUGAAUUGGGAAAGGCCACAGGUUAUAGUGUUCCCUUGGAAAUCAAGCCAUCCGGACAAUUUGAGCCCCUUUAUAGAACAACUUUAAGCGUUCAGGAUGGAGAGCUGCCUGUGCUUCCAUUAUCCGUUUAUGGUGCGGUUGCAAUGGCUCAUAGUGAUGUAUCGGAGGAGUUAUCAUCACCAAGCCAGUUCUUCUUUUAUCUUUACGAUAAGAGAAAUUCUGGCUUGGGAGGUUUGUCAUUUGAGGAGGGUCAAUUUUCAGUUUUCGGAUAUACAACUAUCGGGAGAGAUAUCCUUCCCCAGAUCAAAACUGGUGACAUAAUUCGAUCUGCGAAGCUGGUGGAAGGCCAAGACCGCCUCGUCUUACCACCCCAGGAGAACUAACCUUCUUGACUUAAUUUUUUGAAAAAACUCUCUCAUUUAUUGUUGCAGAUCAUUAGUACCAACAAUGGCUGCUGCUUCUUGUGAACAUAACAAUGGAGUAUUUUAUUAUUGAUGUCUUACCACUUUCACUACG